AUGGCUUUACUACACAGUCUGCCCGAUGGAGAGCAGCCGAGUCUCUCUCCGGUAGAGCUUGCGCAGCUCCUCUCCCGGUUAAAGCAGUCUGUGCUGCAUCCGAGCCCCGAACGCGAACGAAGAUUGCGCAACAGCGAGUUUGAGAGGACGAGGGUCGAGGCUAACCUGCAGUAUGCGCGGGCGGCGCUGACGAAGCUGGAACAUACGCAGCCGGCAAGGAGAGCGGACUCGCAGAGCGACCUCGCAAAACACCGGGAAACGCUGGACCUGUUGUUUGAUCGGUUGGAUGACCUGCGAAAAGUUGCUGUUGACGAAGAAGACUCGUCCGAAGGUGAAGACCUGCUUAGAGACAUCAUACACACGCCGAGCGAAAGCCAGGACUCGAGACGGUCAUCGAAUGCGCCGCGGGCAGAAGGCAACGUCGAAGACGAGAUACAUCAUCCCGAGCCCCCUAAACCGCCGUUACAAGCUGAACCAACACCCGAAAUCCCUACGACGACGACGACGACCAACACUGGUACUGCAGCGGCUGAGGCCGUCGUCAGUGAACAACCUUCCACACAGACGACACAAGCAUUGCGCGCUCGCGCCUCCGCCCCAUCACCAGCUCCUUCCGCCCACAGCACCGCUCGAUCCGCCCUAUUCGCCAACCGCCGCAAGCCCGCCAGCCCAGAGAGGUCGACGGCCACGGCAGAGGCCAUCCUCGACCAGCAGCGCUUCGAGCAGGACGCCAUCUCCAGCUCGAUCCUGCAGAUGGCGAGCGCGCUCAAGGAGAGCUCCAAGAGCUUCUCGGCGACGCUGGAGGAGGACAGGACGGUGCUCGGCGCCGCGGGGGCGAGCAUGGAGAAGUCGGAGCUGAGCAUGGAGGCGGCGCAGGGGCGGAUGGGGUCGCUGAGGAGGAUGACGGAGGGCAAGGGGUGGUGGGGGAGGAUGAUUCUGUAUGCGUGGGUGUAUGGGCUGAUGGUUGCCUUGGUGCUGCUGGUGUUUGUGUUUCCGAAGCUGAGGUUUUGA